AUGAAUGUGGUUUUGCUUAUUUGCCUACUCUGUUCACUCCUUGUUUCCUGCCAUACUACUCCAGUUGUCCAGCUUACUCAACCAGCUCGAGGUGAAGCUGAGAAAUCCGAUGAGUUGCGCCGAGUAAAGCGUUGGGGCUACGGCUACCCUCGUUGGGGCUACGGCUACCCUCGUCGCCGAUUUGGAUAUGGACGAGGCUUUGGUGGUGGUUAUCCCCGCUUUGGUGGUGGCUAUCCCCGCUUUGGUGGUGGCGGGUUUGGUGGUGGCUAUCCUGGCCUCGGAUACGGAAGCAGCUUUGGAAGCUCGAUCGGACUCAGCGCUUCUCUCAAUCUUGGAGGAUUUAGCAACGGAUUCUUGGGACUCGGCUAG